GCGUGUCCUGCUCGCUCCAUGUUGCCGCCUCUCCCGGUACCUGCUGCUGCUCCCGGGGCUGCGGGAAAUGCGAGAGGCUGAGUCGGGGAGGAGGAACCCGAGCAGCAGCGGCGGCGGCGGCCGCGGCGGCGGCGGCGGGAGGAGCCCCCCAGGAGGAGGACCGGGAUCCAUGUGUCUUUCCUGGUGACUAGGAUGUCGUCGGAGGAGGACAAGAGCGCGGAGCAGCCGCAGCCGCCGCCACCACCCCCCGAGGAGCCCGGAGCCCCGGCCCCGAGCCCCGCAGCCGCAGACAAAAGACCUCGGGGCCGGCCUCGCAAAGAUGGCGCUUCCCCUUUCCAGAGAGCCAGAAAGAAGCCUCGAAGUAGAGGAAAAACCACAGUGGAGGACGAGGACAGCCUGGACGGCCUGGAGACGGCGGGGGCAGAGAGUACUCUGGAAUCAGCAGAAAUCAAAGAACAGUCUGCAGAAGAAGAUGCUGAAGCAGAAGUGGACAACAGCAAACGGCCGAUCCCAGUCCUUCAGCGUUCUGUGUCUGAGGAAUCUGCGAGCUCCCUGGUCUCUGUUGGUGUAGAAGCCAAAAUCAGUGAACAGCUCUGCGCUUUUUGUUACUGUGGUGAAAAAAGUUCCUUAGGACAAGGAGACUUAAAACAAUUUAGAGUAACGCCUGGGUUUAUGUUGCCGUGGAAAAGCCAGCCUUCUAGCAAGAAGGACAUUGAUGACAACAGCAAUGGAACCUGUGAGAAAAUACAAAACUCAGCACCACGAAAACAAAGAGGACAGAGAAAAGAACGAUCUCCUCUGCAGAAUAUAGUAUCUUGUGUAAGUGUAAGCACGCAGACCGCUUCAGAUGAUCAGGCUGGUAAAUUAUGGGAUGAACUCAGUCUGGUUGGCCUUCCAGAUGCUAUUGAUAUCCAAGCCUUAUUUGAUCCUACAGGCACUUGUUGGGCUCAUCACCGUUGUGUGGAGUGGUCACUGGGAGUGUGCCAGAUGGAGGAGCCAUCAUCAGUGAACGUGGACAAAGCUGUUGUCUCAGGGAGCACAGAACGAUGUGCAUUUUGUAAGCACCUUGGAGCCACUAUUAAAUGCUGUGAAGAGAAAUGCACCCAGAUGUACCAUUAUCCUUGUGCUGCGGGAGCUGGUACCUUUCAGGACUUUCGGAACUUCUUCCUUCUGUGUCCAGAGCACAUCGACCAAGCUCCCGAAAGAUCAAAGGAAGAUGCAAACUGUGCAGUGUGCGACAGCCCGGGAGACCUCUUAGAUCAGUUCUUUUGUACUACUUGUGGUCAGCACUAUCAUGGAAUGUGCCUGGAUAUAGCGGUUACUCCAUUAAAACGUGCAGGUUGGCAAUGUCCUGAGUGCAAAGUGUGCCAGAACUGCAAACAAUCGGGAGAAGAUAGCAAGAUGCUAGUGUGUGAUACGUGUGACAAAGGGUAUCAUACUUUUUGUCUUCAACCAGUUAUGAAAUCAGUACCAACCAAUGGCUGGAAAUGCAAAAAUUGCAGAAUAUGUGUAGAGUGUGGCACACGAUCUAGUUCUCAGUGGCACCACAAUUGCUUGGUAUGUGACAGUUGUUACCAACAACAGGAUAACUUAUGUCCUUUCUGUGGGAAGUGCAACCAUCCAGAAUUGCAGAAAGACAUGCUUCAUUGUAAUAUGUGCAAAAGGUGGGUUCACUUAGAAUGUGACAAACCAACAGAUCAUGAGCUGGAUUCUCAGUUCAAAGAAGAGUAUAUCUGCAUGUAUUGUAAACAUGUAGCAGCUGAGAUGGACCCAUUACAGGCAGGUGAUGAAGUGGAGAUGGCUGAAGUCACUGCAGAUUAUAACAACGAGAUGGAAGUUGAAGGACCUGAGGACCAUAUGGUAUUUCCGGAGCAAGCAAUUAAUAAAGACAUCAAUGGUCAGGAGUCCACACCUGGAAUUGUUCCAGAUGCAGUUCACAUCCACACAGAAGAGCAGCAGAAGAGUAAUCCACCAGAAAGUCUUGAUACACAUGGUCUUCUCAUUUCUGAAUCAUCCCAAGAUAAAGUGAAUCCUGAAAUGGAAAAUCAGAUUUCUCACGAAGUUGAUAGUGACAAAAUGGAAAUGUCUUCUAAAGUGAUGCAUAUUUGUGAAGAUCAAAAUGAAAACAAAAUGGAAGUGACAGAAAAUGUUGAAGUCCGUACACACCAGAUCAUUGUGCAGCAUGAGGACCUGCAGUUAGAGGAACCCAAAAUGUUGGCGUCCACAGAAGAAUCACAGCGUCCAAAAUUCACCACUGAAUCUGCCCCUGUUCCACCAGAAACCGUAGUGUCCCCAUGUAAGGAAAGUACUUCUUUAUGUUCUAAGGAACAGUUGGCUAUAGAAAGGGUACAAGAACAAAUGGAACAGAAAGCAAGUUCUGAAUCUUCCACUGCAUUUAUGGACUUUGAAAUGACCCCUGCAAUUGGGAGCUGUGUGAAAGGUGGUUUAUGCCGAGAAGACAAAUCUAUAAAAUCUCCAUCUGAGACGGAGUUGUCAUUUGUGUCAGCAGCAGAUGUAAGCAAGGCACAUGUGUCUUCCUCUCCACUUCCUUCAGACUUGCCUUCCCAGGACAUACUGCACACUUACCCUUCAACCCUCAAUGCUUCUGUUGGAAACAUUAUGCCAACAACCUAUAUCUCAGUCACUCCAAAAAUCGGCAUGGGUAAACCAGCUAUUACCAAAAGAAAAUUUUCUCCUGGUAGACCUCGGUCCAAACAGGGGGCUUGGAGUACCCAUAAUACAGUGAGCCCACCUUCCUGGUCCCCAGACAUUUCAGAAGGUCGGGAAAUUUUUAAACCCCGGCAGCUUCCUGGCAGUGCCAUUUGGAGCAUCAAAGUGGGCCGUGGGUCGGGAUUUCCCGGGAAGCGGAGACCCCGUGGUGCAGGAUUGUCAGGACGAGGUGGCAGAGGCAGGUCAAAAUUGAAAAGUGGAAUUGGGGCAGUUGUGUUACCUGGGGUGUCUGCUGCAGAUGUUUCAUCGAAUAAGGAUGAAGAAGAAAACUCCAUGCACAACACUGUGGUGCUGUUUUCUAGUAGUGACAAGUUCACCUUGCACCAGGAUAUGUGUGUCGUUUGUGGCAGUUUUGGCCAAGGAGCAGAGGGAAGAUUACUUGCCUGUUCUCAGUGUGGUCAGUGUUACCAUCCAUAUUGUGUCAGUAUUAAGAUCACUAAAGUUGUUCUCAGCAAAGGUUGGAGGUGCCUGGAGUGCACCGUGUGUGAGGCCUGUGGGAAGGCGAGUGACCCUGGAAGACUCCUGCUCUGUGACGACUGUGACAUAAGCUACCACACCUACUGCCUCGCCCCGCCUCUGCAGACCGUGCCCAAGGGGGGCUGGAAGUGCAAAUGGUGCGUUUGGUGCAGACACUGUGGAGCGACAUCUGCAGGUCUGCGAUGCGAAUGGCAGAACAAUUACACACAGUGUGCUCCCUGUGCAAGCUUGUCUUCUUGCCCAGUCUGCUAUCGGAAUUAUCGAGAAGAAGACCUUAUUCUGCAGUGUAGACAGUGUGAUAGAUGGAUGCAUGCAGUUUGUCAAAACUUAAAUACUGAAGAGGAAGUGGAAAAUGUAGCAGACAUUGGUUUUGAUUGUAGCAUGUGCAGACCCUAUAUGCCUACAUCAAAUGUGCCUUCCUCAGACUGCUGUGAAUCUUCCCUUGUAGCGCAGAUUGUCACAAAAGUGAAAGAGCUAGAUCCGCCCAAGACGUACACCCAGGAUGGUGUGUGUUUGACUGAAUCAGGGAUGACUCAGUUACAGAGCCUCACAGUUACAGUUCCACGAAGAAAACGGUCAAAACCAAAGUUGAAGUUGAAGAUUAUAAAUCAGAAUAGCGUGGCUGUCCUUCAGACCCCUCCAGACAUCCAAUCAGAGCAUUCAAGGGAUGGAGAAAUGGAUGAUAGUCGAGAAGGAGAACUUCUGGAUUGUGAUGGGAAAUCAGAAUCUAGUCCUGAACGGGAAGCUGUGGAUGAUGAAACUAAGGGAGUAGAAGGAACAGAAGGUGUAAAAAAGAGAAAAAGGAAACCAUACAGACCAGGUAUUGGUGGAUUUAUGGUACGGCAAAGAAGUCGAACUGGGCAAGGAAAAACAAAAAGAUCUGUCAUCAGAAAAGAUUCCUCAGGCUCUAUUUCUGAGCAGUUACCUAACAGAGAUGAUGGCUGGAGUGAGCACUUACCAGAUACUCUAGUUGAUGAAUCUGUUUCUGUUAUUGAAAACACUGAAAAAAUAAAGAAGAGAUACCGAAAACGGAAAAAUAAGCUUGAAGAAACUUUCCCUGCCUAUUUACAAGAAGCUUUCUUUGGAAAGGAUCUUCUAGAUACAAGUAGACAAAACAAGCUAAGUUUAGAUAAUCUAUCAGAAGAUACAGCUCAGCUUUCAUAUAAAACAAACAUGAACACAACUUUCUUGGAUCCUUCCUUAGAUCCACUACUUAGUUCAUCCUCCACUCCAGCAAAACCUGGAACUCACGGUACGACUGAUGACCCCUUAGCUGAUAUUUCUGAAGUCUUAAACACAGAUGAUGACAUUCUUGGAAUAAUUUCAGAUGACCUUGCAAAAUCAGUUGAUCAUUCAGCUGGAGUAGACAUCGGUCCUGUCGCUGAUGAUCCGUCCUCUUUGCCUCAGCCAAGUGUCAAUCCGAGUUCACGACCAUUAAGUGAAGAGCAGCUAGAUGGAAUCCUCAGUCCUGAGCUAGACAAAAUGGUCACAGAUGGAGCAAUUCUUGGAAAGCUAUAUAAAAUUCCAGAGCUUGGAGGGAAGGAUGUCGAAGACUUGUUUACUGCUGUGCUUAGUCCUGCGACCACUCAGCCGGCUGCAUUACCACAGCCUCCCCCGCCCCCAGCGCCUCAGCUGGUGCCCAUACACAGUCAGGGUAUGUCACCUCUAGAAAAGUUUUAUGUUUUUUCCCGGAUACCACUCAUGAACGGCCUCAUCGGACCCAGUCCUCCUCUCCCGCACAAUUCUUUGCCUCCUGGAAAUGGAUUGGGAGCUUUUUCUGCCAUAGCACAAUCUCCUUACACUGAUGCCAGGGAUAAAAAUCCAGCAUUUAAUCCAAUGGCAAGUGAUCCUAACAGCUCUUGGACAUCAUCCACUCCCACGGGGGAAGGAGAAAACGAUACAAUGUCAAACGCCCAGAGAAGUACACUGAAGUGGGAGAAGGAGGAGGCUCUGGGUGAAAUGGCAACAGUAGCCCCGGUUCUCUACACAAACAUUAAUUUCCCCAGCCUAAAGGAAGAAUUCCCUGACUGGGCUACUAGAGUGAAGCAGAUUGCCAAGCUGUGGAGAAAAGCGAGCUCACAGGAAAGAGCACCUUACGUGCAAAAAGCCAGAGAUAACAGAGCUGCUUUACGCAUUAAUAAAGUACAGAUGUCAAAUGACCCCCUGAAGAGACAGCAACAGCAGGACAGCAUCGAUCCCAGUUCUCGCAUUGACUCGGACCUUUUUAAAGAUCCAUUAAAGCAAAGAGAAUCAGAACAUGAACAGGAAUGGAAAUUUAGACAGCAAAUGCGUCAGAAAAGUAAGCAGCAGGCCAAAAUUGAAGCCACACAGAAACUUGAGCAGGUCAAGAAUGAGCAACAACAGCAGCAGCAGUUCGGGGCCCAGCCUCUCCUGGCCCAGCCCGGCUCGGACACACCCAGUAGUGGGAUGCAGAGCCCCCUGACUCCUCAGCCGGGCAAUGGGAAUGUGUCUCCUGCACAGUCCUUCCAUAAAGACCUGUUUGCGAAGCAGCUGCCCAACACCCCCACCUCUGCGUCGUCAGAUGACGUGUUCCUAAAACCACAGGCUCCCCCUCCUGCGGCAGCCCCGUCCCGCGUGCCUGUCCCGGAGGGCCUGCCACAGUCUCAGGCUUGUCAGCCAGCCUCCCCGCAGGUGUUCUCGCCGGGAUCUUCUCACGCCCGACCUCCAUCUCCAGUGGAUCCUUACGCGAAAAUGGUUGGUACCCCAAGACCACCUCCUGGGGGCCAUAGUUUUUCCAGAAGAAAUUCUGCUGCACUGGCGGACAGCUGUGCCCCGCCACCUUCAGUAUCUAGGCCGGCUCAGAUGAGUGAAACAACAGCUAAUAGGCCGUCCCCAGUCAGAGAUUUAUGUUCUUCCUCCACAACAAAUAGUGACCCCUAUGCAAAGCCUCCAGACACACCUAGACCUGUGAUGACAGAUCAGUUUCCUAAACCCUUGGGCCUUCCCCGGUCUCCUGUAGUUUCCGAACAAACUGCAAAAGGUCCCCUAGCAGCUGGAACCAAUGAUCACUUUACUAAACCAUCUCCUAGGACAGAUGUGUUUCAAAGACAACGGAUACCUGACCCAUACACACGACCCUUGUUGACACCUGCCCCUCUAGAUGGUGGUCCUGGACCUUUUAAGACUCCAAUGCAGCCCCCUCCAUCUUCCCAGGAUCCCUAUGGAUCAGUGUCACAACCACCAAGGCGGUUGUCGAUUGAUCCUUAUGAAAGGCCUGCUUUGACACCAAGACCUGUAGAUAACUUUUCUCAUAACCAGUCAAGUGACCCAUAUAGCCAGCCUCCCCUAACCCCACAUCCAGCAAUGAAUGAAUCUUUUGCCCAUCCUUCAAGGGCUUUUUCCCAGCCUGGAACCAUAUCAAGGCCAACAUCUCAGGACCCAUAUUCCCAACCCCCAGGAACUCCACGACCUAUUGUAGAUUCUUAUUCCCAACCCUCAGGCACAUCUCGCUCCAAUCCAGACCCUUACUCUCAACCUCCUGGAACUCCCCGGCCCACCACGAUUGAUCCUUAUAGUCAGCAGCCACCAACCCCAAGGCCGUCUACACAGGCAGACUUGUUUGUUACCUCUGCCACUAAUCAGAGGCAUUCGGAUCCAUAUGCCCAUCCCCCUGGAACACCAAGACCUGGAAUUUCUGUUCCUUAUUCUCAGCCACCAGCAACACCAAGGCCAAGGAUUUCGGAGGGUUUUACUAGGUCCUCAGUGACAAGACCAGUCCUCAUGCCAAAUCAGGAUCCUUUCCUGCAAGCAGCACAAAGUCGAGGAGCAGCUUUAUCUGGCCCAUUGAUAAGGCCACCUGACGCAUGUUCCCAAACGCCUCGGCCACCUGGACCUGGUAUUUCAGACACGUUUAGCCGAGUCUCCCCAUCUGCUUCUCGUGAUCCCUAUGAUCAGCCUCCAAUGACCCCGAGAUCUCAGUCUGACUCUUUUGGAACAAGUCAGGUUGCUCAUGAUAUUGUUGAUCAGUCAAGGCCUGGAUCAGAAGGGAGCUUCAGUGCACCUUCAAAUUCUCCAAUGAGUUCUCAGAACCAACAGUUUUCCGGUGUCUCCCAUCUUCCUGGACCUGUACCAACUUCAGGAGUCACUGAUACACAGAAUACCGUAAAUAUGUCACAAGCAGAUACAGAGAAAUUGAGACAGCGGCAGAAGUUACGGGAAAUCAUUCUCCAGCAGCAGCAGCAGAAGAAGAUGGCAGGUCGACAGGAGAAGGGGUCGCAGGAUCCAGCGGUGGUGCCUCACGGGGCCCCCCUGCAACACUGGCAACCCGAGGGCAUUGGCCAGGCCUUUAGCAGGCCUCCACCCCCCUAUCCCGGGAACAUCAGAUCGCCCGUUGUCCCUCCUCUGGGACCUAGAUACACAGUUUUCCCGAAAGAUCCACGUGGACCCUAUCCUCCUGACGUUACUGGUAUGGGGAUGAGACCUCAUGGAUUUAGAUUUGGAUUUCCAGGGGGUAGUCAUGGUACCCUGUCAAGUCAGGAACGCUUCCUUGUACCUCCUCAACAAAUACAAGGAUCUGGGGUUCCUCCGCAGCUGAGAAGAUCAAUAUCUGUAGAUAUGCCGAGGCCUUUAAAUAACUCACAAAUGAAUAAUCCAGUUGGCCUUCCUCAGCAUUUUCCACCACAGAGUCUGACGGUUCAGCAGCAUAACAUACUGGGCCAAGCAUUUAUUGAACUGAGGCAUCGGGCCCCUGAUGGAAGGCCACGGCUGCCCUUCACUGCUUCUCCCGGCAGCGUUAUAGAGGGACCUUCUCAUCCGAGACAUGGAAACUUCAUUCCCCGGCCCGACUUUCCAGGCCCUAGACACACAGAGUCUUUGAGACGACCUUCUCAAGGUCUACCAACUCAGCUACCUUUGCAUCCAAGUUUGGAACAAGUGCCACCAUCUCAGCAAGACCAAGGUCAUCCUGCUCAUUCAUCUUCUAUGGUCAUGAGGUCUCUAAGCCAUCCCUUAGGAGGUGAAUUUUCAGAGGCCUCUUUGUCAACAUCUACACCAGCUGAAACAACAUCUGAUAAUUUACAGAUAACCACCCAAUCUUCUGAUGGUCUUGAAGAAAAACUUGAUUCUGAUGACCCAUCUGUAAAGGAACUAGAUGUUAAAGAUCUUGAGGGGGUUGAAGUCAAAGACUUGGAUGAUGAAGAUCUGGAAAAUUUAAAUCUAGAUACAGAGGAUGGCAAGGGAGAUGAAUUGGAUACUUUAGGUAAUUUGGAAACUAAUGAUCCCAACCUGGAUGACCUCUUAAAGUCGGGAGAAUUUGAUCUCAUUGCAUAUACAGAUCCAGAACUUGACCUAGGAGAUAAGAAAAGCAUGUUUAAUGAGGAACUAGACCUUAAUGUUCCGAUUGAUGAUAAGAUAGAUAAUCAGUGUGUAUCUAUUGAACCCAAAAAAAAGGAGCGAGAGGACAAAACUGUAGUUCCUCCUGAUAAACAUUCUCCAUGGAAAAAAUCCGCGGGUACCAGCGAGAUAAAAACAGAAGUACUGUCUCCAGAUUCUAAAGGGGAAACCAAAUGCGGAAGUGAGAAAAGUGAUGAGAGUAAGGAUAAUGUUGACACUCCCUGCUCACAGGCUUCUGCUCCCACAGACAUAACUGAUGGAGAGAAGGCUUCCUUGCAGUCCUGCGGUACAGAUUUACUGGAGAAAAGAACUAAUCGAGAAACUGCUGGUUCCAGCACCAGUGGUGUUCGUGGCUCUGCUCAGGUGCCCACUGAAGAUGUAAUAAACUCCUGUGGCAUAACUGGAGCAACUCCAGUUCUCUCAAGUUUACUUGCUCAUGAAAAAUCCGAUAACGCAGACAUUAGGCCAUUGGGAUCUCCACCACCAGCAUUGCCAGCCUCACCAUCCAAUCACGUGUCGGGUUUGCCACCUCCUUUGAUGACACCGCCUGGUCACGUUUUGGAUAAUACCGUGAAUUCUAGUGUGGCAGUAGUCUCUAGAGUAAACCAUACUUUUCCUCAGGGUGUGCAGGUAAAUCCAGGAUUCAUCCAGGGGCAGUCAGCAGUUAAUCACGGUUUUGGGACAGGAAAACCUACAAAUCAAACUGUGCCUCUAACAAACCAGGCUGGUACCAGUGGCAUUUCUGGACCCCAGCAGCUAAUGAUCCCUCAAACAUUAGCCCAGCAGAAUAGAGAGAGGCCCCUCCUUCUAGAGGAACAGCCUCUACUUCUACAGGAUCUUCUGGAUCAGGAGAGACAAGAACAGCAACAGCAGAGACAGAUGCAAGCCAUGAUUCGUCAGCGGUCAGAGCCAUUCUUCCCUAAUAUCGAUUUUGAUGCAAUUACAGAUCCUAUAAUGAAAGCCAAAAUGGUGGCCCUUAAAGGCAUAAAUAAAGUAAUGGCACAAAACAAUAUGGGCAUGCCACCAAUGGUUAUGAACAGGUUCCCCUUUAUGGGCCAGUCGGUGACGGGAGCGCAGGCUGGUGAAGGGCAGAGUCUGCUCCCACAGGCCGUCGUGCAGGAUGGCAGUAUAACACAUCAGAUUUCUAGGCCUAAUCCUCCAAAUUUUGGUCCAGGCUUUGUCAAUGAUUCACAGCGUAAGCAGUAUGAAGAAUGGCUUCAGGAGACCCAACAGCUUCUUCAGAUGCAGCAGAAAUAUCUUGAAGAACAAAUUGGUGCACACAGAAAAUCUAAGAAAGCCCUUUCAGCAAAACAACGUACUGCUAAGAAAGCUGGGCGUGAAUUUCCAGAAGAGGAUGCAGAACAACUCAAGCAUGUUACCGAACAGCAAAGCAUGGUUCAGAAACAGCUAGAACAGAUCCGUAAACAACAGAAAGAGCAUGCCGAGUUGAUUGAAGAUUAUCGGAUCAAGCAGCAGCAGUGCGCAAUGGCCCCGCCUUCCGUGAUGCCAGGUGUCCAGCCCCAGCCGCCCCUAGUUCCAGGUGCCACCGCACCUGCCAUGAGCCAGCCCAGCUUUCCCAUGGUGCCACAGCAGCUGCAGCACCAGCAGCACACAGCGGUCAUUUCGGGGCAUUCCAGCCCUGCUAGAAUGCCUAGUUUACCUGGGUGGCAGCCUUCCAGUGCUCCUGCUCACCUCCCCCUCAAUCCUGCUAGGAUUCAGCCUCCCGUUGCCCAGUUACCAAUAAGAACUUGCACACCAGCACCAGGGACGGUGUCCGGUGCAAAUCCACAGAGUGGACCACCACCACGGGUGGAAUUUGAUGACAAUAACCCCUUCAGUGAAAGUUUCCAGGAACGGGAACGAAAGGAACGUUUACGAGAACAGCAGGAAAGACAACGAAUCCAGCUCAUGCAAGAGGUAGACAGACAGAGAGCUCUGCAGCAAGGGGUGGGGAUGCAGCCGCAUGGCUCGCUGCGCUCCCAGAUUCCGUUCUACAGUUCUGAGUUGCCUUGUGACUUCCCCCAACCUCCCAGGCCCCUUCAGCAGUCUCCACAGCACCAACAGCAAAUGGGGCAGGGCUCACAGCCUCAGAGUAUGCAACAGGGGUCUAUUAAUUCCCCUCCCGCCCAGACUUUCAUGCAAACCAGUGAGCGAAGGCAGAUAGGACCGCCCUCCUUCGUUCCUGAUUCACCGUCAAUUCCUGGUGGAAGCCCAAAUUUCCAUUCUGUCAAGCAGGUACAUGGAGGUCUUUCUGGGGCCAGCUUCCAGCAGUCCCCAGUGAGGCCUCCUUUUACACCUGCUUUACCUGCAGCACCUGCAGUAGCUAACAGCAGUCUCCCUUGUGGCCAAGACCCUGCAGCAACCCAUGGACAGAGUUAUCCAGGAUCAGCCCAGUCUCUCAUCCAGUUGUAUUCCGACAUAAUCCCAGAAGAAAAAGGGAAAAAGAAAAGAACAAGAAAGAAGAAGAAAGAUGAGGAUGUGGAACCCACCAGGGCACCAUCCACCCCCCACUCAGAUGUAACUGCUCCUCCGACCCCGAGUGUCUCAGAAACUACCUCCACACCUACAGUGAACACGCCUGGCGAGCUUCCUCCGCAAGUCGAACCUGAGUCAGCGGAGCCCGUCUGCCCGUCAGCUCCCAGCACGGCAGCUGGCCAGCUGUGUACAGAACUGGAAAACAAGCUGCCCCACAGUGACUUAUCACAGGGAACUCCAAAUCCACAGACUUACGCAAACCCAGAGGCGGAUAAGUUGUCCAUGGAAACCCCCGCCCCAGCUGAGGAGGUCAAACUAGAGGCGGCUGAGCCGCAGCAGUGCCCGGGCCAAGAUGGGCCUGAGCCGGAGGAACAGAUGGGCAGUAAGGCCGAAGAAAGAGUGGUGGCUGGUCCUGUCUCCUCAGGGCAGAGUCCUCCCCAGUCUGCUGGCGCCUCGGCUCCCAAGGGAGAUGCGGGCAAUGAACUUCUGAAGCAUCUGCUGAAAAAUAAGAAAUCAUCUUCCCUUUUAAGUCAAAAACCUGAAGGCAGCUUUUCUUCAGAAGACGACUGUACAAAGGAUAACAAACUAGUUGAGAGGCAGAACCCAGUGGAAGGAUUGAGGUUCUUUGAAAAUACACCUUUACAAGAUUCCAUCCCCUGCAUUUCAGUGAACUUCCCUGAGCCGUUUCCCAGACUGGGGUUUCCGGGUUGUAAGCAAACUUUGGGGGCUCAAAUGCAAGGUGGUUUUGGAUGUGGCAACAACCAAUUGCCAAAAACAGAUGGAGGAAGUGAAACCAAGAAACCUCGAAGCAAACGGACCCAGAGGACGGGGGAGAAGGCUGCACCUCGCUCCAAGAAAAGGAAGAAGGAUGAAGAGGAGAAACAGGCUGUGUACUCCACCACUGACACGUUUACCCACCUGAAGCAGCAGCUCUCUCUGCUCCCUCUAAUGGAACCAAUCAUUGGAGUGAACUUUGCGCACUUUCUUCCUUAUGGCAGUGGCCAAUUUAAUAGUGGGAGCCGACUUCUAGGAACUUUUGGCAGUGCUACCCUUGAAGGGGUUUCGGAUUACUAUUCUCAGUUGAUCUACAAGCAGAAUAAUUUAAGUAAUCCUCCAACACCCCCUGCCUCUCUUCCUCCUACACCACCUCCUAUGGCUUGUCAGAAGAUGGCAAAUGGUUUUGCGACAACUGAAGAACUUGCUGGAAGAGCUGGCGUAUUAAUGAGCCAUGAAGUUACCAAAAGUCUAGGACCUAAACCAUUUCAGCUGCCAUUCAGACCCCAGGAUGACUUGUUAGCCAGAGCUAUUGCUCAAGGCCCAAAGACUGUUGAUGUUCCAGCUUCACUGCCAACACCACCUCAUAAUAAUCAGGAAGAAUUAAGGAUACAGGGUCACGGCGGCGAUCGGGACACUCCUGACAGUUUUGUCCCCUCCUCCUCUCCGGAGAGUGUGGUUGGAAUGGAAGUGAGCAGGUACCCAGAUUUGUCCUUGGUCAAAGAGGAGCCUCCAGAGCCUGUGCCAUCCCCCAUCAUUCCGAUUCUUCCCAGCAGUGCUGGGAAAGGUUUGGAAUCUAGAAGGAAUGACAUCAAAACUGAGCCAGGCACUUUAUUUUUCACACCACCUUUUGGUUCGUCCCCAAAUGGUCCCAGAUCGGGUCUUAUAUCUGUGGCAAUUACUCUGCAUCCUACAGCUGCUGAGAACAUCAGCAGUGUGGUGGCUGCAUUUUCCGACCUUCUUCACGUCCGAAUUCCUAACAGCUAUGAGGUUAGUAAUGCUCCGGAUGUUCCGUCCGUGGGUUUGGUCAGCAGCCGCAGAGUAAACCCAGGCUUGGAGUGUCGACAGCAUGUAUUUCUCCGCGGGCCACCGCCAGGACCUGCAAACCCUCCCCGAUUAGCCGGCUCGUACCGGCUGAAGCAGCCCGAUGUGCCGUUCCCUCCAGCAAGCAAUGGUCUCUCUGGAUAUCGGGACUCUGGGCGUUGUGGCGCAGAAGGCGCAGUACUCAGGCCACAGUGGUGCUGUCACUGCAGGGUGGUUAUCCUCGGGAGCGGCGUCAGGAAGUCUCUCCGAGACCUGGCCUCUAUGAACAAGGAUUCCCGAGAAAGCUGUAAUAGAAUGGAGAAGGACAUUGUCUUUUGUAGUAAUAAUUGCUUCGUUCUUUAUGCAUCAACUACACAAGCAAAAAAUGCAGAAAGCAAGGAAUCUGCCCCGCCGUUGCCACAGUCGCCUGUGAAAGAGACGCCUUCCAAAGCAUUUCAUCAGUACAGUAACAACAUCUCCACUCUGGAUGUGCACUGCCUCCCGCAGCUCCAGGAAGAAGCUUCUUCCCCAGCAUCACCCCCCAUCACUUUCCCUCCGGCGUUUGAAGCAGCCAAAGUAGAGGCAAAGCCAGACGAGCUCAAGGUAACAGUCAAGUUAAAGCCUCGGCUCAGGACUGUCCACGGCGGGUUUGAAGACUGUAGGCCAAUCAAUAAAAAGUGGAGAGGGAUGAAGUGGAAGAAGUGGAGCAUUCACAUUGUAAUCCCCAAGGGGAGCUUCAAACCCCCUUGUGAGGACGAAAUAGAUGAGUUUCUGAAGAAAUUGGGCACGUCCCUUAAACCUGACCCUGUGCCCAAAGACUACCGGAAGUGUUGCUUUUGUCACGAGGAGGGAGAUGGGUUGACAGAUGGGCCAGCAAGACUGCUCAACCUUGACUUAGACCUGUGGGUCCACUUGAAUUGUGCGCUGUGGUCCACGGAGGUCUAUGAGACCCAGGCUGGGGCCCUAAUAAACGUGGAGCUGGCACUGAGGCGGGGCCUGCAGAUGAAAUGUGUCUUCUGCCAUAAGAUGGGCGCCACCAGCGGAUGUCACCGAUUUCGGUGCACCAAUAUUUAUCACUUUACUUGCGCCAUUAAAGCACAAUGCAUGUUUUUUAAGGAUAAAACUAUGCUUUGUCCCAUGCACAAACCAAAGGGAAUUCAUGAGCAGGAAUUAAGUUACUUCGCAGUCUUCAGACGGGUCUACGUUCAACGUGAUGAGGUGCGACAGAUCGCUAGCAUCGUGCAGCGCGGGGAACGUGACCACACCUUCCGUGUUGGAAGCCUCAUCUUCCAUACGAUCGGUCAGCUGCUGCCACAACAGAUGCAGGCGUUCCACUCGGCUCAAGCCCUCUUCCCCGUGGGCUACGAGGCCAGCCGCUUGUACUGGAGCACCCGCUACGCCAACAGGCGCUGCCGCUAUCUGUGCUCCAUCGAGGAGAAGGACGGGCGCCCGGUGUUCGCCGUCAGAAUCGUGGAGCAGGGCCACGAAGACCUUGUCCUAAGUGAUUCCUCUCCCAAAGGUGUUUGGGAUAAAAUACUGGAGCCCGUGGCAUGUGUGAGAAAACAGUCUGAAAUGCUGCAGCUUUUUCCAGCGUAUCUAAAGGGAGAAGAUCUGUUUGGGCUCACGGUGUCUGCAGUGGCACGGAUCGCGGAAUCACUCCCUGGGGUUGAGGCGUGUGAGAACUACACCUUUCGGUAUGGCCGCAACCCUCUCAUGGAACUCCCUCUUGCCGUUAACCCCACAGGCUGUGCCCGUUCCGAACCUAAAAUGAGUGCCCAUGUCAAGAGGUUUGUGUUAAGGCCUCACACCUUGAACAGCACCAGCACUUCCAAGUCCUUCCAGAGCACGGUCACGGGGGAGCUGAACGCGCCCUACAGUAAGCAGUUUGUCCACUCCAAGUCCUCGCAGUACCGGAAGAUGAAGACCGAGUGGAAAUCCAACGUCUAUCUGGCCCGGUCUCGUAUCCAGGGGCUGGGCCUAUAUGCUGCUAGGGACAUCGAGAAGCACACCAUGGUCAUCGAGUACAUCGGCACGAUCAUUCGAAAUGAAGUUGCAAACAGAAAAGAGAAGCUGUAUGAGUCUCAGAACCGUGGUGUGUACAUGUUCCGCAUGGAUAAUGACCACGUGAUCGAUGCGACACUCACAGGAGGGCCUGCCAGAUAUAUCAACCAUUCGUGUGCGCCUAAUUGUGUGGCUGAAGUGGUGACUUUUGAGAGAGGACACAAAAUUAUCAUCAGCUCCAACCGGAGAAUCCAGAAAGGAGAAGAGCUUUGCUAUGACUAUAAGUUUGACUUUGAAGAUGACCAGCACAAGAUUCCGUGUCACUGCGGGGCCGUGAACUGCCGGAAGUGGAUGAACUGAAUGCGUUCCUUGCGGUCUCGGCGGGCGGCUUGUCCCUAGGAAGAAGCGAUUCGACACACCAUUUGAAUUUUGCAGACAGAAAGAGAUUUUUGUUUUCUGUUGAUGACUUUCUGAAAACUCGCUCCUGGGAGUUCUGAUUCCCUCCUCAGGCCUUUGGGCCGGAGCGGCGCCAGGACCACAGAGCAGCCCAGCACUUUCGUUUUCUUCUUCUUUCUUUCCUCCUUCUUUCUGUGGGUGGGUUUUGUUUUGUUUUGUGUGUUUGCGUCUCGCUGAGGAGACCCUUGGGGGCGAAGAGCCGCUCGCCGCCCUGCCCCGGGGUGGGGGCCUUCCUAUGAAUGUACAGACUGAGAUCACCAGCGAAAGGGGGACGGACGUCCAAAGUGCUGGCCACGGCCUUAUCUGAAACAGGGGCAGGCCCUCUAACUUAAAGAUUUUUUAAAAUAAAGUAGACACCACUGAACAAGGAAUGUACUGAAAUGACUUCCUUAGGGAUAGAGCUAAGGGGUAAUAACUUGCACUAAAAUACAUUUAAAUACUUGAUUCCAUGAGUCAGUUUAUUGUAGUUUUUGAUUUCUGUAAAAUAAGAGCAACUUUUUGUAUUUAUUAUUGAAUAAGUGAAUGAAGCUAUUUUUAAAUAAAAGUUAGAAGAAAGCCAAGCUGCUGCUGUUACCUGCAGAACUAACAGACCCUGUUACUUUGUACAAAUAUGUAAAUAUUUUGAGAAAAAAAUACAGUAUAAAAAUAGUAUUGACCAAAUGCUACCAGGCUCUGCAGCAGCUCGGGUGCUUAUAAAAUGUUCAUAGGGAUGUCACAAUAUAAUUUUGUGUUAUUAAAUAUGCCAUUAUAAUUAUGUAAUAACCAAAAUUUCAACCUAGAGCAUUUGGGGUUUUUUGGAAACUACGGUCUAUUAGUACUUGUUUUAUACACCUUCUGAUAGAACGGAGUGUAGGCUAAGACUAUGACUUUUAUAGCUGUUUUGGUAAUUUAAACUAACUUUUUCAUAUUAUAUUGUUGCAUCCCUACUUCUUCAGUCAGGUUUUUUUGUGCUUACAAUUUGUGAUAACUGUGAAUAAUGCUUAAAAAUACACCCAAAUGGAGGCUGAACUUUUCUUCAGCGGAUGUAGUUUUGAUUAGAACUUUGUUUCAAGCCACAGAGAAUCAUGUAAACAUACUAGAUUGUGUAGCAGGACUCCAGCCUAACUCUAGCCUUCUAUUUAACACAAAAAUUUGAAAAGGAAAAAAAAAAAAAAAGAGUUGUGGUCACGCUUGCAGCUGCAGGACCCCGACAGUAGGGUUUCGGAAGAUGUAAUUUUAAAAUGUGUUUGUAUGAACUGUUUGUUUACAUUUCUUUAAUAAAAAAGAAAAACACUGUUUUGUGUUUGCUUGUAGAAACUUAAUCAGCAUUUUGAACCAGGUUAGCUUUUUAUUUUGUACUUAAGAUUCUGGUACUGACACUUCACAGGCUAAGUAUAAAUGAAGUUUUUGUGUGCACAAUUCAAGUGGGCUGUAAACUGUUGGUAUAUCAGUGACGCAGUUCUGAACUUGUAAUGUAUAUGGCAUGAUGUAUUUUUAUCUUACAGAAUAAAUCAAUUGUAUAUAUUUUUCUCUUGAUAAAUAGCUGUAUGAAAUUUGUUUCUUGAAUAUUUUUCUUCUCUUGUACAAUAUUCUGACAUCCUACCAGUAUUUGUCCUACCGGGUUUUUGUUUUCUGUUCUGUAUAAUAGUACCUAAUGUUGGCAAAAAUUGAAUUUUUUGAAGUAUACAGAGUGUUAUGGGUUUUGGAAUUUGUGGACACAGAUUUAGAAGAUCACCAUUUACAAAUAAAAUAUUUUACAUCUA